GUAUUGUGCUUCAUAUUUUGUUAGAAGUUUGGGAAGGAACAUAACAGAAGUGUUAGAUUGUAUUUCAGGAAAAGCAUAAUGCCCCUCCUGCGCAAUGUCAUUUUAGUUCUCAUCGUUUCUGUGGUAUGUUUGUUCACAUUGCCAAAAUCCACAUCAGGUCAUCAUCACAAAGGUAGAAACAAUGGACUGGACACAUUGUUAACAGCUGGCGUGCUAGCCAAGGUUCUUCAGAAAAAUGAAGGUGGGCAUCACUCCCACCCGAUUUUCAUCCCCAUCCCAUAUCCAGUUCAUCAAGAGCACCAUCAUGACGAUCACCAUCACCAUCAUGGAACGCGUCACAUGCCUCAUUACCAACAACUACGCCACGCAGGCGUGCCAACCAUCGGUGGUCAUCCUCCAUUUGUUGGCUACCAACCAGUUCCGAUGAGCCAACAAAUGGAAUAUGUCCAGCAAUCACCAUUCCAAGGGACUGAUGAAGUGAAAGUCAUAAUAGUAUAAAAUAAUUGACUAUUGCCUGUUAUUUUCUAAGUCUAAAAAUAUUUUAAUAUCAAAUUAAAUAUAUUUCUAUGCUUUUGCGAAUAGAUAAUAUAUGGAGCAAUGUAUAUGAAGAAGGCUCAAAAUACUGAGCAGUUUUUCUUCUUAUAAGUCAGAUAUUAUUUAUUUUGCAAAUGUUGA